CUGUACACGCGGCAGGGCUUUGGCGGCCUGCCCGUGUGCAUGGCCAAGACGCAGUACAGCUUCUCCAACGACCCCGCCGCCAAGGGCGCCCCCAGCGGCUUUACCUUCAAGGUGCGGGAGGUGCGGGUGGCGGCGGGCGCGGGCUGGCUCAUCGCGGUGUGCGGCGACAUGAUGAUGAUCCCGGGGCUGCCCACCCGCCCCGCCUUCUACGAGAUAGACAUCGACCCAGACACAGGGCGGGUGGUGGGGCUGUCCUGA